AUGUCAUCAUCGUCAUCCGAUGAAGUUGAAGAAAGAUUGGACGAAAUUAUCGACGAUAUCAUAGAUGAAACCUACAUCAACAUUUUGGAAGCCCAACCCUCUAAGCCGAAGAAACGCGCUUAUAUAGAACGAGACCGCGAAAUCGGACACAACCGAUUAUGGAAUGAUUACUUCAGUGAAGAUGCGACAUUUCCGCCGUAUUUAUUCAGACGCCGUUUUCGUAUGAACAAAGAAUUAUUCUUGCGUAUUGUCCAUCGCCUCUCAGAACACGUUCCAUUCUUUCAACAAAGAAGAGAUGCCACGGGGAGGUUUGGUCUUUCACCACUACAAAAAUGUACAGCCGCCAUUCGUCUCCUUGCUUAUGGUUCUGCAGCUGACGCGGUUGAUGAAUAUCUCAGAGUUGGUGAAAGCACGGCCAUUUCGUGUUUAAAGCAUUUUAAUGAAGGAAUAAUUCAGUUAUUUGGUAAUGAGUAUCUACGAAGACCGACAGAAGAGGAUCUUCAGCGACUACUCCAUAUUGGAGAGAUACGCGGGUUUCCGGGGAUGGUAGGAAGCAUCGACUGUAUGCAUUGGAGGUGGAAAAAUUGCCCAACGGCUUGGAAAGGACAGUACACCCGGGGAUCAACAAAACCGUCAAUUGUGUUAGAGGCAGUAGCUUCACAAGAUCUUUGGAUAUGGCACGCUUUCUUCGGUCUACCAGGUACCUUAAACGAUAUUAAUGUCCUCGAUCGGUCUCCUGUUUUUGAUGACAUUAUUCAAGGUCGGGCUCCGAGGGUAGAGUACGUGGUCAACGGACACAUGUAUAAUUUGGCGUACUACCUCACGGACGGUAUUUAUCCAAACUGGUCAACAUUUAUCCAAUCUAUCUCACUACCUCAAGGUCCAAAAGCAGAGUUAUUUGCUAAACUUCAAGAAUCAACCCGGAAAGAUGUGGAGCGGGCUUUUGGAGUUUUACAAGCUCGAUUUGCGAUUGUGAAAAACCCAGCUCUUUCAUGGGAUCAGCAACAGAUAGGGAUGACAAUGAGAGCAUGUAUCAUACUGCACAAUAUGAUAGUCGAAAAUGAACGAGAUGGAUACGGCACUCAGUACGAUCCAUCUGAAUUUGAAGAAGAAGAUGUAGCCAGCAGUUCACGGGUGCAUAAGUCUCGUGGUACCGACAUCCCUCCAAGCAUCAAUGAAAUGCGUGCCACUCGGAUUCAGAUUCGCGAGUCGGAAAUACAUCAUCAAUUGAAGAAUGAUUUAAUUGAGAAUAUUUGGAACAAAUUUGGAGAUGAAAAUUAAUAAUUAUUGUCAUUUUAUAUGUUUAAUCAUGUAAUAAAUAAAUAUUAAAAAAAUUAUCUUAUUUCCCAUGUUUUAAAAUUUAUUAAUUUUUUAUUCUUAAGGAUUCCAUUCAUGGUAACACUAUUGGACAUACAAAUUUCAUUAGAAUCCUUAACUUAAAAAAAAAAAAAAAAAUAGUAUAAUACACUUAAGGACUCCAAUGGUGGGAACACCAUUG